AUGUUCGAAAAGAUGGAGGUUAACCAUGAGACAUACGGGUAUGUGCAGCCGUUCCCAUUUUCACUGCUUCGGUUUGUCCCGUUGCCUGCGUUGCUAGUAUCUAAGAUCCAUGCUGUUUUCAUCGACCCCCCCCUGUUGGGUCGUCGACACAAAGUUCCUUACUUCAACCUGUUGAUAAUGCCAACGCGCGAUCAGACGAUCCUCAUCGCUUACUUAGUGAUCAUCAAUGUUGUUUCAAGCGGCAUUGGUUACGACUCAGCUCAACCCAAUGCUUGGUGGGUUAACGACAGAGACCAGGAACUUCUGACGUCUUUUAGCAACCGUAUGGGUGUACUAAGCUUCGCAAACUUACCUUUGCUUAUUCUUUACGCCGGGAGAAAAAAUUUCCUGUAUUGGUUGACCGGCUUCACCCAAUCGACUCUCAUGCUACUGCAUCGAUGGACAGCGUACUUUUGCACCAUCCAGACAUGUCUGCACUCGGCUGCGUGGAUCCAAAUCUACGUCAGCAUAAACCGGCACGACAUUGAAGCUCAGUUGUCUUACUGGAUUUGGGUAAUCAUUGCCACCCUUGCUAUGAGCUUCUUGCUGCCUGCCUCAGCAAUCCCGUUCCGGGAGAAGUUGUAUGAACUCUUUUUGGCCGUGCACAUCACUCUCGGCAUACUUGCGGUUGUUGGCUCCUGCCUGCAUAUCGUCUACAGGUUCCAGCAUCAGUGGGGCUACGAAGUAUGGAUGUAUAUCUGCUUCGGUGUCUGGGGUUUCGACCGGCUUGUACGCAUGCUUAGGAUGGCCAGAAAUGGUUUGUUGUGGGCAAAUAUCAACAUUAUCGACGAUGAUUAUCUGCAGAUCGACAUUAUCGAUGCAGUGGGAAAGGGCCUCGCUUACCUAUACUUCCCUGCAUCGUCAUGGCGCCCAUGGGAAAGCCAUCCUUUCUCGAUCCUGAGGUCCAGGGUGAACUUUAUUUCGACUGGCAGAGAGACUUCACCCGUCAACGCUGAAUCCCGUGUCGGGUUGUCCUUUCUCGUUCGAUCUUUCUCUGGCACCACGAAGUUGCUCCGUUCACAUAGCCGCCUCCCAGUAUUCGUUGAGGCCGGUUAUCUUCCACAUCACAACUUGGAAAAAUUCGAGACGCUAGUCUGUAUCGCUUAG